AAGCCCCGCCUCCGACCCCGCGGGGAGCGGCGGCGGCGGCGGCGGCGGCGGCGGCGGAGGCGGUGAGCGCGGGCGGCGCGGAUGGCGGCGGUUGACGGGCGGGUCCUCCGCCGUUGGGGCCGCCGCGGCCUCCUCGCCCUGGCUCGGGGCGCCGCUCUAGGGAACGCUUGGGGCCGGGGCACACCCGCGUCAGACCUCGGAGCACUCUGUGCCAAAGCACCGCCGCUUGCCAUAUGAGUAUAAAUGAUGGCGGAUGCCAAGUAUGUCCUGUGCCGAUGGGAAAAGCGAUUAUGGCCUGCGAAGGUUUUGGCCCGAACCAAGACUUCAACAAAAAAUAAGAGAAAAAAGGAAUAUUUUCUAGAUGUUCAAAUCCUCUCCCUAGAGGAAAAAAUUCAGGUGAAAAGCACCGAAGUUGAGAUCCUAGAGAAGUCUCACAUCGAAGCCAUUGCCUCCUCGUUAGCCUCACAGAACGAGGUUCCUGCAGCACCCCUGGAAGAGCUGGCCUACAGACGGUCACUUCGCGUGGCUCUGGAUGUUCUGAGCGAGGGGCUUGUGUGGAGUCAAGAAAGCUCCGCAGACACGAGUAGAGCUGAGCGGUCUCCGAGAGGGAAGCCCACGGAACCCGUCUCCUCGCCCUGUGAUUCCAGCUCCUCGUCUCCUCCCGGCGGAGGCGCGUUGGGCAGUUCCGGACCUCACAGAAGGAGGGAAUGUGUGCAGCAAAGCCUGUCAAGGCCGUUCACUUGUGGAAAGGACCCCAAGUGCAAAGUGGACCACAAGAAGGGACUCAGGAAAAGUGACAGCCCUAGAGGCCUUUCGGUCCUCUCAGCUGGAGGUGGUUCCCAGGAUGGGAGCCAGUCCAGAAUCCACCGCAAAAAUUGGACUCGCACAAGUAAGAGCGGAAGAGACUCAGCACGGAAGUCCAGCCUGUGCCCCAGUGGGUCUUCCCGUUCAGAGAGUGAAGCGGAGGACAGUGGGAGCAAGGCAGGCCGCUGGGCAGCUCCGUCCUCGCCCUCUGGGGUCAGGGAAGACGACCCCUGUGCCAACGCCGAGGGACGCAAUCCCGGUCUGCCGUCAGGCAGCCUCACCGUGCCCCCAGCCCCUGAGCCCUCAGCCUGCUCGGAGCCAGGCGAAUGCCCUGCGAAGAAGAGGCCACGCUUGGAUGGCAGCCAGAGGCUGCCUGCCUGGCAGCUGGAGCCCAGGGCCGCAGGGGCUGCACCGUCCCCUGGGCCAGAGGUGGGGCCCAGGGAGUCCACGACCCUGCGAAGCACUGCCAGUCUCCGCUCGCCUCCCUCCCACGCCCCUAUGGAUGAAACUAGACGUCCUCAGCCGGAUUCCCAGAAGCUGGAGGAAGACUGCCAGUCUUCUGAAGUGUCUGUGAGGUCGAAUUCGAUGCAUUCUAUACUGGAGGAAGACGAGGAAGAUGAGGAACCACCGAGAAUCCUUUUAUACCACGAACCACGGUCGUUUGAAGUAGGAAUGCUAGUCUGGCUUAAAUAUCAAAAAUACCCCUUCUGGCCAGCAGUGGUCAAAAGCGUCCGGCGGAGAGAGAAGAAAGCAAGUGUGCUGUUCAUCGAAGGGGACAUGAACCCGAAGGGGAAAGGUAUCACAGUGUCCCUUAGAAGAUUAAAGCACUUUGAUUGUAAAGACAAACAGACACUUCUGAACCAAGCCAGGGAGGACUUCGACCAGGCCAUCGGCUGGUGCGUCUCCCUCAUCACCGACUACAGGGUCCGGUUAGGCUGCGGGUCUUUUGCCGGCUCUUUCCUGGAAUAUUACGCAGCUGAUAUAAGCUAUCCUGUCCGAAAAUCCAUCCAGCAGGACGUCCUGGGGACCAAGUUUCCUCAGCUGAGCAAGGGGAGCCCCGAGGAGCCGGUGCUGGGAAGCCCCCUGGGGCAGAGGCAGCCCUGCCGGAAAGUGCUCCCUGACCGCUCUCGGGCUGCCCGGGACCGGGCCAACCAGAAGCUGGUGGAGUACAUCGUGAAGGCCAAGGGCGCAGAGAGCCACCUGCGGGCCAUCCUGAAGAGCAGGAAGCCAUCGCGCUGGCUGCAGACCUUCCUGAGCUCCAGCCAGUACGUGACCUGCGUGGAGACCUACCUGGAGGACGAGGGACAGCUAGACCUGGUGGUGAAGUACCUGCAGGGCGUCUACCAGGAGGUGGGCGCCAAGAUGCUCCGGCGCACCAACGGCGACCGGAUCCGCUUCAUUCUGGAUGUGCUUCUGCCCGAGGCCAUCAUCUGUGCGAUCUCUGCGGUGGACGAGGUGGACUACAAGACAGCUGAGGAGAAGUACAUCAAGGGGCCCUCGCUGAGCUACCGGGAAAAAGAAAUAUUUGACAACCAGCUCCUUGAAGAGCGGCGCCGGCGAUGAUGGAGCAGCUGGCUGUGCGUCAGCGGGAGCCUGGUGGAGGGAGCGCCUCUGGUGUGCACGAGCGUUUCUGAAAAUGGGGGACUCGGGGGAGCACGUUCGCUUUUGGAGCCGUCUGUGUUCUCCUGCGUGGCAGUCCUGAUUUCCAUACUUCUGGAGAAUCCAUUUCGUCAACAUUGAAAGCCAGUUUUCUUCGGCAAUUUUUUUCAUUUUAUUUUUGGCCUUUUUUUCAAGAUACAGUUCCGGAGAGGUUUGGAAAGGACAGAAGCGUGUUUACUGUGCGUCAGUGCUUGUGGCUGUGUGGCGGUUUCACCUGACGUGCAUGUUUGUGUCGUGUGUGUUGCAUCUCAUAUUAAAUGGAAGGUUUUCAGGUGUGUCUGCCGUGAGCACGGAGCUUCGCAAGUGGGAAUGGUCUUUCCGGGUUUGCUGUUUGGUGUCUCCCCCUUGUGUGGUUUCCACCUGCACCGGUUCUGAAUCUGCUCUGCCAUUCAGCGAGCUCUGCGGCUCUGAGGAAUUAGCCUUCGUUAGAGGUGGGAGUGCGCAUGGGCCACUGCUCUGUGUUGUGUCUGCUGUGGCCUCAGGAGGAGCAGGACGCGCACCUUUCCAGGGGCCUCUGCACUCUGCGCCAUAGGGAGUGGCCUGCAGCGUGCUGCCGUAGGCCAGGCCGCCCCACCGCCCAUGCCUGCCUGGCCUCUUCUAGUGAGUGAAUUUCCCCCUACUGUGUCGUCACCUCGUGGCCAGUCACCGAGGGCUUGGUCAUCGGCCUGGAUGGCUGUGCUGGGAUCCCAGGGUGGCUGGCAUCAGGGUCACCGUGGGGGCCCUGCGUAGUCCUGUGACGGGUCAUCACAGAAGCACAGCCUUUGUGGGGAAGUCCAGCUGGGCUCCCGUCUGGAGAAAUGGCUUCCAGGAUGUGGCUGCCGGAUGGGCUCUGGUCCACAGCCCAGAGCCGGGGCCACAGGUUGCUGCUGUGACUCGGUGGGGCUCAGCCAGGCUCCAGCAGGGUCAGAGAUUCUUUUAAGGUCCCAGCCACAGAUACUGAAUUAUUUGUUCUCAGUGGCUGCCCAAGGCUGCAGCUGGACCGCAGUGCUGGCGAAGCUUCCAGGCUCCACGGCCCGGCAGCCUGGGAGCUGUUUCUCCCCACUCACUGGACUGUGCCUGACCCUGGCUGGAGGCCUUGCUUUGAGGGGCCGUGGACCCUCCUCCCUCAGGCCCUGCCCAGCUCCUGCAGCCACCGGAGAGCAGAUGGGAACACGAUUGUCUCUGGGACAGGCAAGGCGCUGAGCAAGAUGAAGCUGCAAGGACACUCAUAUCAGGUCCUUGGAACUUGGGAGGUGGCAGAGAUGGCUGCUGCUCGGGAACUGUGAUUCUGCUGAAGUCCAAGAGCAGGAAACCCGGCCCUGGCCGGACAGUUGCGCCGGCAUGCUGGAGUUCCGUCUUUUCUGAAGCAGAGGGGCAGAGCCCUGAGGAGGCAGGGGGCUGGCCCUGUGCUGUGUCACUCUUUGGGGGACACAGGGCAGCCAGUGCAACCGCCUGCGGAGGGAGCUCAGCAGCAUUGCAUGUACGGGCCUCGUGCCUUCUCACGGAAAGUCCCCACAGCCGCCCUCCGCGGUGGGUUCCUGAGGGGCGGAGGCAGCGCCGCAGUGUUGCGGGAAGCUCAGGCCCGCGCUGAACUCUUCUGCUGUUGUGAAGUACUUUGAUCCGUUUGUUUUUCUGCCGACAUUGCCGUGUUUGAGGCGGAAUUAAACACCUCCCAGACCU